UCCUUGCGACUUGGCCAACAUCUCCCGUGUUCGCUGUCAUCUUCGCUCCUGGCUCCCUCCGCUCGCAUCACAUCCUACCUGCUGCGGCGAGGCAGGAUCCCGCCGCCCCCCAUGGCCCUCGCCAACAUCGAGCCCAUCAAAGUGCCACCGCCCGACCCCGUUGAAAAAGCCCCCGAUGUGGUGAUCACGCCCUGUGAUCCCUGGCCCGCGCCGUACUACCUCGAAGGCGGUCUGCGCCGUGUCAGUCCCUACCACUACACCUACAACACACACUGCAAGGAGCGCUGGCGGAAUCGCCAGCUGGAGGAUAUCUUCGUCUCUGAAUUCCGGGACCGGCCCGCAGAGUAUUACAGGAAUGCCCUUCGCACCGGCCAUGUCUCGGUGAACGGCAAACCAGCAGGCCCGACACAAGUCCUCAGAAACGGCCACGUUGUCUCCCACACUCUCCAUCGCCACGAGCCCCCUGUAACCAGCCUGCCUAUUGGGGUCAUUCACGAGGAUGACGGUCUGAUGGUCAUCGACAAGCCGCCGGGCGUCCCUGUCCACAGCGCGGGCCGAUACCACUACAACUCGGUGGUGGAAAUCCUGCGCGCCGAGCGCGGCCAUCAGUUUGUGCCACGGCCGUGCAACCGGCUCGAUCGCUUGACGUCAGGGAUCAUGUUCAUCGGAAAGGACCCCAAGGCUGCCGAGAAGAUCGCCCAGCAGCUGAAAGCGCGCACCGUGCAAAAAGAGUAUAUUGCGCGCGUCAAAGGAAAAUUCCCCGACGGCGUUAUGGUGUGUGACCAGCCUAUUAUGUCGGUCAGUCCGAAGCUGGGCCUGAACCGCGUGCGCGCUACCGGCAAAGAGGCCACGACGAAAUUCCGUCGGCUGGCCUACUAUCCUGCGCCGGCGGAGUCGACUCCCGAGUCUACACCCACAGAGAAUCAUGAACAGCCCGGAGACGGUCCGCGCGCAGCCACGCCGCCACCGGCACUUGCCAAUGAAUCCGAGGGCUACAGCAUUGUCCACUGUCUGCCGCUCACGGGGCGCACGCACCAGAUCCGCGUCCACCUCCAAUUCUUGGGCUAUCCGAUCACCAACGACCCGAUCUAUUCGAACCGGCGCGUAUUCGGGCCGGGGCUAGGCCAGCACGAAGCCAGCGCCGACCGCGACGCCGAGAUCAUCGAACGACUGUCGCACAUGGGCAAAACCGAGGUCGCCGAUAGCACCGAGUACCGCACCCACUUCACCGCCGCGCCCAACGUGCCGCCGGACACCGACCCGCUCGUCGUCGAGCAGAUCAUGGCGCACGAGCAGCAGGCUGCCGCCGAACACUAUAGGAAACGCAAGGGCGAGCGGCUGUCCGGCGAAUGCUGCGACGUCUGUGGCACCGAGCUGUACUCGGACCCGGGCGUCCACGAACUCGGCAUCUUCCUGCAUGCUGUCGCCUAUGCUGAUCUCGACGGCGGCUGGCUCUACCGUAGUAAAAUGCCGAGGUGGGGUCUGCCGCCGCCCGGCGUGGAUGGGCCUAGUGAAGUGCCGGAUUGGGUCUCUGCGCCUGAGGGCAAGGAGGUGAUUGUUGGCUAUGGGGUCAUUCCCACUCUCAAUGAUGACCCAGAGGACCUACCCCGAGAGACCAAGGACGCACCUGGUGUGGUCAGUCCGGUACUCUUGGCGGGCGUCGGUGUGCUCAACGUCUCGGAGGCGGCCCCGAAUCUGAAUGAAGCUCCUGCUCAGGAACGUGCCGAGACGACUGCGACAAGUUGA